AUGCCUCCAGUGAUGACGAUCCCGCCAAUGAUGCAGGCCUUCCCUGGGGGGCUGCCAAUGGUGCAGGGUCUGCCAAUGCCAGCUCCACGUCCAGUGCCCGACUUCGCUUCAAACCUGGUUUCUGCCUUGCAGGGCCAUGUGCCGACUGUAAGUCAGGCCCCAGCGGAUGGCCUGCAGUCGCAACUGCUCGUGCACAACUCAACUCUUUGA